ACUAAGUUCAAGGAUGAACUUUUUGUGGACCGGACCGGACCGGACCGAGCUUUUAACUUCCAUGAUCAAAAUCAAGAUCAGGAUGACACUUUAGAAACAUAUAAUGAAAAAUUUCCUUUCCCUAAAAACGAUAGCAAUUGGGAUAGAUUAACUUUACAACAUUAUUUAUUUCGUUAUAUUUGGCAAUCUAAUUUUUCUUCGCCUAUCGACGAAUAUAUCAAGACUGAUGGCAUAAAAGUUUUAGAUAUGGCCGGUGAAUAUCCAAAUGCUUCAUUCACAAAAUUAGACUCAAACACCUCACUUCAAAAUGGCACGACGCUUCCAAAUAUCACUAUAAAAGAUCAUGAUCUCCCAAAAUCAGGUCCACUCCCAUUUGAGGAUUCAACGUUUGGAUUUAUACAUGUGGGUUUCCUUUCUUGUGAAUUACCCGAAAAACAAUUUGAAGCACUUAUAAAUGAGCUUGUGAGAAUUUUAAAACCCGGUGGAUAUUUAGAGAUUAUGGAUAUUGAUUGUCAAGGUGGAAAUGAAGGGCCUUCGGCUCAGCAACCGAUAAUGAAUUCUACAAAAUGUUUAUCCGACAUUACGGUUCAAAGGACACUUCACCCUUUAGGAAAUUGGGAAGACAAAAUUGGAGAAGUAGCAUUACUUAAUUGGCUACAAUUUUUAAAUGAUUUUAAAUCCAUUAUCGUUCCGUUUAUGGGAAUUUCUGAUAUAGAGUAUAGAUAUUUGAUUCAGGAGUUUAAACGUGAAGUUGAUCUGUUCCAAACUUAUUGGAUUAGCACUGGUGCAUCGCCGGGUCUGUAUAAUUGGGCACUUACAAUUCCACCUAAAUUGCCCAAUGAUACUGCCAUCGCGCAACCUACAGCACGCUUCGAGUCACCUGCCAAAUUAUUUAACAUCCUUUAUUUAUUUAAAAAAAAAG